AUGUCGGGCACUUCAGUUCGUCGUACCUGUCAAGAGCCCGCUGGGGAAAAGCGGACUCAGCAGAUGCUUGAUAGCAGAUGCUUGAUAGCGGAUGGAGAUAUCGAGGUACAUGUUCAAAACAUCGCACGGGUAAGGUGGCCCAUUUUACCCCGAUAUGCUGCCCAAAAGCGAGAAGUUUUGUGGGAAUGGAACAUGCAGGCAGGAACCAGGGUUAGGGGGGAACCUGAUUGA